UAGGCACUAGGCACUAGGCUAGCUAGGCAGGCCUAAGAGCAUAGGGCCUAGGGCCUAAGACCAAAAACUAGGCAGGCAGUUUGAUAAAAAAUAUGGCAACAUUUUUUAACCUGCCAAAUUUCAUCACAAAAAUCUGUAAAAAUAAAAAUUCUUCUUCGCAAAGCAAAUCUUCAUUUUUGCCUAGUUAGUCGUAAAUUCUUAUCGUAAGUAAAUCAAUUUUUUUAGUUAAAUAACGCUGCAUUGCUCUCGUUACUUUUUCGUCCCGGAGUAGGUUUUUACUACAAUGGAAGAUAAUAGUUCGAGUGAUGAUGAUAUCAAAGACUCUCCUGUGAGCCCUAAAAUGGGAGGAAAGAAGUUUAAAUUCAACGAUGGGAGCUCCCAAGAAAGUUUUAAAGAGGCUGUGGCAUCUUCGAGUAAAGAUGAGAAUGUGGACAGCGGAGUGUCAGCUGAUAAAUCUGAGAGUACCAGUAGCGAUGAUCGGGCCGCUAGGACCUCGGGUGGUCCAUCAAAUGAGGUUAUAAAUGCUGCGCCUUCGAGCAGCAACGUGCGGGCGAUUCUGCUGAACAUACGUCGUCCAAAGCGUGCUAGGAACUACAGAAAGCGUAAAACGCCUGACAGAGACUCCGAUAGUAAUGAGUCAUCUAGGGAUUCAGAUGAUCUGUCCCCCGAAGAGAGCCCCGUAGAAGUGAGCAUGAAUAGGAGAAACAGUAAAGACAAUAACAGCAACUCUGAGCCUGAGAGUGAUGAUUUGCAGAGGUUCAUGGCUUCUUUAUCAGAGGCAUCUGGCACUGGAUCAAGUUCAUCGGACAGUAAUGACACAUCCGGCACUGAUGACAUGGUCCACAUCCAGACUGACGACAGCGAGACAGACGAUGACGAGCCAUGGGGUGAUCGGAAUAAUGCUCAAAACGAAGAAGAAGAAGACCGAGGAACCCCACCAACUGCACUUCUUAAAGCAAGACCUACACAUAAUUAUUUUAUGUUAAGAGGUAAAUAAUCAACUAAGAAGAAAGUUAAUUUUUUGAUAAAUCAGUCAGAAUUUUUUUAAACUGUUAUUGGUAGGUAUAG